AUGGUAGCUAAUGGACCGAUUCCAGAUGCCAGAAAUGCAGCUACUAGAGCGAAAGCCGAAGCAGCUGAAUUCCGUUAUAAAUAUGGAUAUGAUAUGCCAUGUGAUGUGUUGGCUAAGAGGAUGGCUAAUUUAUCACAAAUUUAUACUCAAAGAGCGUAUAUGAGACCAUUAGGGGUUAUACUUACAUUUGUGUCUGUGGAUGAAGAAUUAGGACCUUCUAUUUAUAAGAGUGAUCCAGCUGGUUAUUAUGUUGGGUAUAAAGCUACAGCCACGGGACCUAAACAACAGGAAAUUACUACAAAUUUGGAAAACUAUUUCAAGAAGAAAGAAACUAGUUAUCUUGAAGAAGAUUCAUGGGAAAAAGUUGUUGAAUUUGCCAUUGCUCAUUUAAUUGAUUCUUUGGGAACUGAAUUUACGAAGAAAGAUCUUGAAGUCGGGAUUGCCCUUAAGGACAUCUUUUUUGUUUUAAAUUCAGAACAAAUUGAAGAAAGAUUGGUUGCCAUUGCAGAACAAGAUUAA